AUGGAUGAAACAAAUCAGUUGAAUAAACAAAUGGAAUCUCUGAUUUCUUUGAGGAUAAGAGUUGGGAAACAUAAUUUUGAGGGGUCUAAUUCAGACAGACAUUAUCAGCAAGAACAAAGUCAAAACAGUGGCAACAAAGAGAAAGUCAAAGUUGAUGAUCAGAAUCAAGAUCCUGCAGAAAUCACAUCAAGAAAAGCAUCUAAAUUUCACAUGGAAGUUGUGGAUAACUCUGGCCUCGGAAAUUCAGAUGAGUACAGAUUCUUUUCCGGUUGCACAGUUGCGGUACUUGUUGCCAUUGCUUUAAGAAUUGAACUUCAUGACCUGAUGACGAAGGAGGGGGGAGUGCAAUACUUACAGAGCAUCUUUCCACUUUACAGUGUAUUUCUAUAUGCCGUCCUACACCUUCUCGUGUAUGCUGCAAACAUUUACUUUUGGAGAAGAUAUAGGAUCAACUAUCCAUUUAUAUUUGGUUUCAAAAGAGGAGCAGAGUUGGAAUACAGGGAUGUUUUCCUACUAACUACAAGGCUUGCUGUACUAGCUUCGUCUGGUUUCUUGGCAAACUCGCACAUGUACAUGGACCCAAGUACUAAAAUACUUAAAGAAGUCACUCAACUAGUUCCUUUAGGGUGUCAUUGUAAGAUUCUUGUUCUUCUCAUUAUCUGUCCUUUAAACAUCUUAUACCGAGCAAGUCAUUUCUUCUUCGUUCGAUGCCUUUUUCGCUGCAUACUCACUUCUCUAUACCCGAUAUCUAUGAAUGACUUCUUAGUAGCAAAGAACAUAUGUAAACAACAUCCUUUAAGUGAGUUCAUGACUACUCACGAUUCAGACUGA